AUGGUGCAGCAGACGGGCACGGCGGAGAAUACGGAGGCGCUGCCCGCCGCCGAGACCUCGGCCGCCGGGGUCGGGCUGGAGCUGGGCAUCGCCUCGUCGCCUACACCCGGCUCAACCGCUUCGACGGGCGGCAAGGCGGACGACCCGAGCUGGUGCAAGACGCCCAGCGGGCACAUCAAGCGACCGAUGAAUGCCUUCAUGGUGUGGUCGCAGAUCGAACGGCGGAAGAUCAUGGAGCAGUCGCCCGACAUGCACAACGCCGAGAUCUCCAAGCGGCUGGGCAAGCGCUGGAAGCUGCUCAAGGACAGCGACAAGAUCCCCUUCAUCCGGGAGGCGGAGCGGCUGCGCCUCAAGCACAUGGCGGACUACCCCGACUACAAGUACCGGCCCAGGAAGAAGGUGAAGUCGGGCAACAGCUCCGCCAAGCCCGCAGACAAGGCGGACCGGGCCGCCGGCGGGGGCGGGGGCGGCGCCGGGCCCGGCGGGGGCAGCGCGGGCGGCGGCUCCGGCGGCGGCACGGCCAAACCCGCCCCGAAGAAGGGAGGCGGCGGCGGCGGUCCGCGGCCCUCCCCCGCCGGCACCAAGCCCCACGGCAAGGCGGCGGCGGGCGGCAAGGCCUCACCGCCGGGCACCGGCGAACCGACGGCCGCGCCCACUCCGCCGCCGCCGCCGCCCGAGCACCAGGCGCUGUACAAGCCGAGGGGCGCGCCGGCGGCGCCCGGCAAAGCGGCGGCCGAGAGGAAGCUGAAGCGCGUCUACAUCUUCGGCGGCGGAGGGCCGGCGGCGGCCGCCUCGGGCUCCCCCGGCGGCGCCGUGCCCGGCAGCCCCACGCUCAGUAGCGCGGCCGAGGCCGGCGACCCGCUGAGCCUCUACGAGGAGGCGGGCGGCGCGGCGCGGCCCGACGGGGACUGCCCCUCGCCGCCCGGCGCCCGCUCGCCCGCCGAGCACCGCGGCUACGCCGGCCCGAGAGCCGCCUCGCCCGCCCCCUCCACGGCGCGGUCCUCCUCCGCGUCCUCCCACUCGUCCUCCGCCUCCUCGGCCGGCUCCUCGUCGUCGGACGACGAGUUCGAGGACGACCUCUUGGACCUGAACCCCAGCCCCGGCUUCGAGAGCAUGUCCCUGGGCGGCUUCGGAUCUUCCGCGCUCGACCGGGACCUGGAUUUUAACUUGGAGCCCGGCUCGGGUUCGCACUUUGAGUUCCCGGACUACUGCACGCCGGAGGUAAGUGAGAUGAUCUCGGGGGAUUGGCUGGAGUCCAGCAUCUCCAACCUGGUGUUCACCUACUGAGGCGGGGCGGCCCGAAGCCGGCGGCGGCCGAGAGGACCGCGGGAACGCCGCCAACCGCUGUGCCGCCGCCCGAGGACGGACUGAGAGAGGGACCGCGGUGCGGCGCGGAAGGAGGGAGCGGAGCUCCCGCGGGGGUCGUCCUCGCCCUCGCUGCGAAAGAGCGACCUGAACUCUGCUUGAAAGGAAACGAGGAUCGGCUGAGCCCUCACCGCACUGCUCGCGUCGGGGGCUGAGGUGCCGUCGCGGCGCUCGAAAACACGAGGAAAAAAAAAAAAAAAAAAGCAGUAGUGGUUUCUUUUUUUUUUUUUUUCUCGGAAUCGUGAUGGUGUUGGAUUCUCUCGAUGGUGGGUUAAUAGAGCAUGUUACCUGUCUGUCUUUAAGGUUUUUUUUGUCGGACCGUGGAACAGUUUCAGAACGUAGUGUUAGGGAGAUGCGAAGCGGACAGAUGGCGCUCUGUUUGAUUCCUACAAAGUAUCACCAGCUCUUUUUUUUUUUUUUUUUUUUUAUUUCACUCUUAACUCUUUAAAGGAUUCAAACGCAA